UAAAAUGACCCGGAUCAAGGUUUCACUGGUUGUCAUCGCUCUCCUCAUCGUCUUCAUCGACAUCGUAAGCUCCACCCAUUUCAGAGGCGGAUCAAUGACAUGGAGAGCUGUAGAGGUGAACAAUGAAAUGAAAGCGGAAAUUGAAUACAAGCUCGCCUACCAAAUCGACACCAUUGAAGGAGACAAUGACUGCACCCGGGAGAAAACUCUAUCCCAAGCUGAGGUUGAGGGGGAUGACAAAUUAAUAAAGGCCUUAUCCGCUGAUGGGGGAGAUAGACUGGACUUUGUGAAUGAGAUCCGAACAUCAUACUUCUGUUUAGAGAGACAUGAGGCGGCAGACUACCCGAAUGAUAAGAUGAACAGCUGGAUUAUCGGAGGUAGCACACAGAUUCUCAAUCUAGUAUCCGACGUUAAGCGGUUUAUAAUUCGUAUAAACAGUAAUGGUCAAGAAUGUGAUAUAUCCAGUCUUAGUUUUGAUUUGAUGACUUAA